CAAUUGAAUGCUGUUAAAGAGAUUAUAUGGGAUCUCAGGAGACCAGUUCCCAUGAACAGACUCUUGCAGGGGGAUGUUGGCUGUGGAAAAACUAUUGUUGCUUUCCUGGCGUGUAUGGAGGUUGUUAGUUCAGGAUUUCAGGCUGCUUUCAUGGUUCCAACAGAGGUACUUGCUCUCCAGCACUACGAACACUUGACUUCAUUGCUGGAUAAGUUUGAUGGAGAUGACAAACCAAACAUUGCCUUGCUUACUGGCUCAACUUCCACAAGGGAGUCAAGGAUAAUACGAAAUGGUCUCAAAACUGGAGAGAUAGCCAUGGUCAUUGGAACACACAGCUUGAUUGCUGAUAAAACUGAUUUUUCAGCUUUACGUAUCUCUGUUAUAGAUGAACAGCAGCGCUUUGGAGUUGUACAGAGAGGCAGGUUUAAUAGUAAGGUAGAUUGCUGAGAAUUUGCUCUUUCACAUUGAAUGUUAACUAUGCAUUUCCUUUCUGUAUGUUGUUUUGUUCAAGUACUGGCAUGAAAACUAUAAUCCUUGGUGGACUUGGGGAGAAGUUUCUUGAUGGAUACAUGUUCUGGUCUUUGGGUAUUGUUAACGUGCAUUUAUUGUUA